GGCAGGACCCACUUGAGCCAGCGACUAACGCGGAUGAUGACAGUGCCAUCCCUCUCUCUUUUAUUUUUUAUUUGUGGUGUAUUUAUAAAUAUUUUGUUUGUACUUUGUUAAUUGUUGGGUUAUCUUGUGUAUUAUGUCCCUCCAAAAUUUUUCGUCCAACUCAAGAGCCGCCACCACCACCCAACAAACACACAACACACAACACAAAACCACAGCCAAAUUCAGAAACGCGCAGCUCAGACAGCCCCAUUUCUUGUUUUUUCUAUAGCCCUUCUUCAGUUUCGCUUCUUAAAUUCAUAAUCUUUACUGUCGUUAUUCAAAAAUGGAUUGCUGGACUUCAUCUGUUAGCGUUGAUGAUGAGUUUGAGAAGCUUGUGCUACGAGUGAACCCUCCAAGGGUCACUGUUGAUAACACCUCAAGCAGAGAGGCUACUCUGAUAAAGGUUGAUAGUGCAAAUAAGCGUGGAAGUUUGUUAGAAGUUGUUCAGGUUUUGAAUGAUAUGAAUCUCAUAAUUCGUCGAGCUUACAUUUCUUCAGAUGGAGAGUGGUUCAUGGAUGUCUUUCAUGUUACAGAUCAGCAUGGAAACAAACUCUCUGAAGAUGUUGUGGCUGAAAGAAUUCAACAGUCACUGGGACGAAGGGCUCGAAGCUUCCGAUCCUUAAGAAGGUCUGUGGGUGUUCAAGCUGCCCCAGAGCACACAACCAUAGAACUGACAGGGAGAGAUCGGCCAGGUCUGCUUUCAGAGGUUUUUGCUGUUCUUGCUGACCUCAAAUGUAAUGUGGUAGCUGCAGAAGUCUGGACCCAUAAUUCUAGAAUGGCAUCAGUGGUUUAUAUUACUAGUGAAGCUACUGGACUGCCAAUUGACGAUCUUGAUACACUUGCUAAAAUCAAACAGCUUCUUUUAUAUGUUCUCAAAGGGGAUAGAGAUAAGCAGAGUGCCAAUACGGCUGUUUCUGUGGGUUCCACUCAUAAGGAAAGGAGGCUGCAUCAAAUGUUGUAUGCUGAUCGUGAUUAUGAUAUGAAUGAUACUAGUGGGUCAGCACGUGAGCGAUGCAAACCUCUUGUUACUGUUGAAAAUGUCUCAGACAAGGGAUAUACUGUUGUGAACUUGAGGUGCCCAGACCGCCCUAAACUACUGUUUGAUACAGUUUGCACAUUGACGGAUAUGCAAUAUGUGGUGUACCAUGCAACUGUCAUAGCUGAAGGACCAGAGGCAUCCCAGGAAUAUUACAUCAGGCAUAUGGAUGGGAACCCUAUUAGUUCUGAAGCAGAGAGACAAAGGGUAGUAAAUUGCUUGGAGGCUGCAAUCAAGAGGCGAGCUUCUGAGGGUAUAAGUCUAGAACUUUGUUGUGAAGACAGAGUUGGCCUUCUGUCUGAUGUUACUCGCAUAUUUAGAGAAAACGGUCUUUCAGUCACCAGAGCUGAGGUUACUACCAGGGGUUCCCAAGCUGUAAAUGUUUUCUAUGUCAUUGAUACAUCAGGAAAUCCUGUGAAGAGCGAAACAAUUGAAGCAGUUCGUCAAGAGAUUGGUCAGACUAUACUACAUGUGAAGGAUAUAGCGUACUCUAAAUCUCCACCCCAGGAGAGUGGAAGAUUCUCCCUGGGUUAUCUCUUCCGAAGUAGGUCAGAGAAGUUCCUCUACAACUUGGGUUUGAUUAAGUCACGUUCGUGAGUAGUUCACUUGGGAGAGUGGAAGAUUCUCCCUGGUUUAGUUUGCCUUACUCACAGAGUGUGCUUCAGAAUCUCAUUGCAAAAACAUUUAGGUUAGUUAGAGUCAGUCAGGCCACAAACUUGUUCCAUUCCAACAUUGUAAAGCUUCAUGUAAAUACAUACAUCAGUCUUCUGUUGCUUGGUAGAUUUUUCAUUUCUUAUUGUCCUC